GUUGCCUGUUUGUUCUAGCUAGUGGUUUAUUAAUUAAAUUAAUGGAAGAAGAGACAAUCAUUUGUACUGUUUUGGAGGACGGGGUGCAAUGUGGAAACAUUACGUAUUCGUCUUGCGUCGAAGGUCCCCUUACUCCACAGGACGGGCUGUUUUGGCUGUAUUUGGGCAUUUACGUCUUUUUGGUUAUUCUUGCAGGUUUGAUGUCUGGUCUGACAAUGGGACUUCUUUCACUUGAUCUCCUCAGUCUUAAAGUGCUUAAGACUAGCGGAAACGUAAAACAAAGGAAAUUUGCUUCAAGCAUUUUGCCACUUGUGGAAAAACAUCACCUUCUUCUUGUAACAUUGCUGGUGGCUAAUGCUGCUUCUGUCGAAGCCAUGCCGAUUUUUUUGGACAGAAUUUCUAAUCCAAUUGUUGCUAUUGUUGUUUCGGUGUCUGCUGUGCUAUUGUUUGGAGAGGUAAUACCUCAGGCUCUUUGUACACGAUACGGUUUGGCCAUUGGAUAUUACUUAUCACCUUUGAUCAAGAUUUUAAUGGUGCUACUCUUCUUCAUUGCUUGGCCAAUCUCAAAGUUGCUGGACUUGCUACUUGGCAAAGACCACAGUACAUUUUUUAGACGAGCAGAGUUGAAAGAGCUUGUUGACAUGCAUGGCAAGACUUCACAGGGAAACGAAGAGCCGCUCUCUCAAGAUGAAGUUCUUAUCAUAAAAGGAGCUCUAGAAAUGCGAAGCAAGACUGUUCGAGAAGCGAUGACACCUCUACAGUCAGUUUUUAUGUUACGUAUCGACGACAAACUUGACAGGGCAACAAUGCAAACGCUUAUUGAUGUUGGACAUUCUCGUGUGCCUGUGUUUGACGGCGUGCGUCAGAACAUCGUUGGAAUAAUUCUGGUGAAGAAGAUCAUUAUGCUUGAUCCGGAUGACGCCGUUCCCGUUCGGGAAGUGUAUAUGUCUAUAGACAACCUGCCUCGUUUUCGUGACGACAUGCCACUGUAUGAUUUACUAAACAAGUUUCAAGAAGGGAAAAGUCAUAUGGGCCAAGUUUGGGGUCCUAAGGAUCGUCCAGACAAUGACAAUGACAAAGUGGAUAAGAAAGAACAGACAGACUUGGAGUCGGAAGUACUCGGUGUUAUCACAUUAGAGGAUGUUAUCGAAGAACUUAUACAGGAGGAGAUCGUGGACGAGACGGAUGUGUUUGUUGAUGUUCAUCGGCGAAUUCUUGUGGCACGUGCUCAGACUGCGAGACGGCAAUCAAUAUCAUUGUGUGAAGGAGCAUCAAACACUUCUAAACCACAUGCAGCUGCUAGACAUAUUAUACGUAGAGCUAAGUCACAGCAGUCUAAUGAAGUAACGAUGGUCAAUAUAAAUUCAACUGAUAUGACACAUCUUGGUUCACCAAUUAUUCAUUAUGAUGCUCCGAGUGAAGACGUGACACCUCUAUUGCAAGGCAGUGAGGAUACUACAUAAAAUUGCUACGACUUUGUUUUGUAAGCUAGUAUACUUGUAUGUUGUUUUUUCAUUAUCAUAGCAUUAUACAUUUCUUAGUCGUUAUAGAAUUAGAUAUGAGCAAUUUACUAGAUAAACUUGACUAAACAGUCAACUUGAAAUUCCUAAUUCGUGUAAACGUAAUGGCUGUGUAUGCAUUAAUGGAAUCUUUACUGAGUGGUAGUCAAUACCUAAAUAUGUAU